AUGGCUGCUCUUUAUCUGCCCCCGUCCUUUGCGGGGAAUGCUUCCUCCGACUCCGGCUCGUCGAACCCGCGCUUUACCCCCGUCUCCAAUAGCUCAGAGGAGGACUAUCCAGCUUCGAAGCUGCCGAAACUACCUGUUGGGACACUGCGACUACAGACCAAUUUUGAGAAUGGCGAGGACGCGGGCGGGCCUGCGUCGGAUGUCGAGGAGAGAACAGAUGAUUCCGCGGACGAGCUGGAAGGCAAAAAUCCGAGGGGGAUGCCAAAAUUUACAGUGGAGGAGGAAAGGGAGGUCGUGAAGGUCUUUGACAGGAAGCUAGUGCCGUUCUUGGCACUUCUCUACUUGCUUGCAUUCCUGGACCGUUCGAAUAUCGGGAAUGCUAGGAUCGCCGGGCUGCAGGAUGACCUCCGGCUGUCAUCUGCACAAUAUGAAUGGCUGCUCACCGCGUUCUACAUCACAUACAUCCUAUUCGAAUGGAUGACACUGAUGUACCGCCUUGUGCCUCCACACAUCUACAUUUCUCUGUGCGUGUUUGGAUGGGGACUAAUCGCCUCUUUUCAAUCCUUGGCAACUUCCUUUGGGGGUCUAGUCGUCCUGCGUGCACUGCUGGGUAUCACCGAAGCUGCCUUUGGCCCUGGAGUUCCGUUCUACCUAUCGCUAUUUUACCGGCGCGAUGAGCUCGCUUUCAGAAAUGGACUGUUCAUCUCUGCUGCGCCCCUGGCAACGUCGUUCGCCAGCAGCCUAGCCUGGUUGAUCGUCAAAUACAGCAGUGAUGGCCCCAUCUCUCCAUGGCGCGCUCUAUUCCUGGUCGAAGGGUUUCCUAGUGUCGUUGUUGCUGUGUUUGCCUGGAUUCUUAUCCCAGACUCUCCUGGCCGUGCUCGAUUCCUCACUCGCCGGCAGAGAGUGGUCGCCCGGCUCCGGCUUGGGGAUAACCAGCCGGAUUACCGGCAUUCAUCUGCGAAGCAGUUUAAUUGGAGGGAGAUUCUAAAGACGGCCGCCGAUCCCAAAGCAUACAUCGCAGCUUUCAUGUUUUUCAGCUGCAAUGUUGCCUUCAGCUCACUGCCUGUGUUUCUCCCCACAAUCAUCAAAGAUAUGGGCUACUCCUCACUCAGCGCCCAGGCCCUCUCCGCACCGCCAUACCUCGUCGCCUUCGUCGUGGUCCUCGUCACGGCAUGGGCCUCAGACCGCACCCGCACCCGCAGCCCCUACCUCAUCGGCCACGCGCUAGUCUCUUCAGCCGCAUACCUCGCCAUCGCCGCGACAGGCUACUUCCACACGCACCUAUCCCCCCAGCUACACACCUUCAUCCGGUACAUCUGCGUCUACCCCGCAACAGCCGGGUUCUUCUCCGCGAUCACGCUCAUAAUCACCUGGUCGAUGGACAACCGCGUCGAAAAGGAGGGCAAGGGCGCCAGCAUUGCCAUCCUGAACUUCAUCGGACAGUGUGGCCCUCUCCUAGGCACGAGAUUGUAUCCCGAGUCCGACCGGCCGUGGUAUAUCCGCGGCAUGGCGACGUGCUCGUUUUUCAUGGUGCUUGUCGCGAUCCUGGCAUUCGGCCUGCGGGUUCUCUUGCAGCGGGCAAAUCGUAGGGCCGGUGAGACCGUGUAUCAGCCUGUUGACCGGGCUGGGCCUGUGCGAUCUGGGGAGGAGCGAGAUGAGCUUAUGGGAGGCGGGCGGAGAGACGAUUUAGAGCAUGAUACGGGCGAUCAGCGGUUUGUCUACCUCAUUUGA